AUGGUUGAUCCGGUAUCUAUUGUCACGCUCUGCGAGCUGUGUUUGAAGACAGGGAAGAAGCUAUGGGACCUCUGUUCCUCGUUCAGGCAUGCCAGGGGCGAUAUCGCCAAGCAAAUCCUUCGAGUGAAGAAUUACUGGAUGCGUGCGAAUUUGCAACUUGAAAUUAUCAAACAUAUCGUACACGAGUUACGGAAGGACCACCGGAAGAUUAUCUACGAGACCAUCAAUAUGCUUAAUAACAGUUUGACGGCUGCGGAGAUGAAUAUCGAAUCUACCAUGAAGAAAAAAGAGUGCGAUGGGGUAGAGGCACAAGUUAGUCGCUUCAAGUAUAUGCUGGCCCGACAAAGUAUCGACAAGUCAGUCGACGAGCUCGAGCGAUGGCACCAUAUGUUUGAUCCAUCCUGGUACUUGGCGAUCAGUCGAGCAACAUCUGGAGUCGAGAGUGAGCUAUUCAAGUGGAAGGUCUCCGAGAUUGAGGAUUGCCGGGUCGCUAUUUCCUCGGCUGAAACACUCAGGUCAGCAUUGAGGAUCGCGUCAAACGCAGAGGGGCCCAGAGAAAGAGUCCUUCUUCCAGAAGCGUUCCUCGAAGGCCUCGGGGCGCAGGAUAUACCUCUUUCGUCGGCGCAGCUCGGCACGCGAGAGGAUAAGGGCCAGAUGCUUAUUCUCGAGAAAGUCGAGCCUCUUCCAGGGCUUAAUGUGACCGAUCUCGACAAAAACUGUCGGGAUCUUGCAAGGAGACUCACCAAGUCCAAUCCACUCGAAUUCGGAUUGCUGAGUUGCAAGGGCUAUAUGAAGCACCGCCAUCAACCAUCGAAUCGCGCCGAAGGCGACUCGUUCACACUAUUAUUCCGAGUCCCGAGUCGAUUUUUCCAACCUCGCACUCUCCGCAGUCGUCUCAUGAAACUGAAGCCAACGGAUUCACUCACAGACCGGUUCAAUCUGGCGAAUGAGCUUGCAAGAGCUGUCAGCUGUGUGCACGCAUUCGGAUUUGUGCACAAGAAUAUCCGACCGGAGACGAUAUUGUUAUUGACAAACGCCGAGUCCUGCACCGAAUCCGCAUUUCUCAUUGGCUUCGAUAGUUUCCGAAUGGCAUCAGGCAAGACUCUUCGCAAAGGUGAGAUCUCCUGGGAGCGAUGUCUCUAUCAACAUCCGAAUCGAAUUGGAAACUCUGCCUCGGAGGAUUACAUCAUGCAGCACGAUAUUUACAGUCUCGGUGUGUGCUUGCUAGAGAUUGGUCUUUGGGAGCCUCUCGUUACAUACGAGGAUGAGAAUAUGCCUCUUCCCCGGAAUGGCACCAGUCCGCCGGCCCUCCGGGCCUCAUUCCUGGAGGAAGGUAGGGACUCAUACAUCUUCAAAGAUCAGCUCCUGUCAUUGGCUCGAGGUGAGCUACAGCGGAGGAUGGGUACGCGGUAUUCGGAAGUUGUGGUUACUUGUUUGACUUGCCUGGACCCAGAGAAUGAAGAUUUUGGCGACGAGGCCGAGUUCCAAGAUGAGGAUGGUAUUGAGGUUGGUGUGAGAUACAUUGAGAAGGUCACUAUGCGGCUGAACAGCGUUUGCGUCUGA